AACACUGUGAGCUGAAACGCGGUUCUCCUCGCUUUUUGACCCUGCUGUGUGCCCGUAUGUCCGAGCUGGAGGGUAGGACUCUGUUUUGAUGUCACAUUGUUAGCUGUGAAACUCGAUUUUGUGGUUAUAAUGUGUAAAACCAGGAGAAAUACGUCACUAGUCUUCCAUCCUGAGGGCUCGGUUGUGUGUAACCGGCGCUGAGAGGAAAGUUAAUGAUAUCUUGGUUUUCUCUGUGAAGAUAACUUGUUGUAUAUGGUUCUUUACAGAGGUUGUGGAGCUCAGGGAGGAGGUGAGGGGUCCUGACUGGAUCAUGAUCGAACCCCCUGAGCCGUAUGAACCAGUUCAGCAGCACUGGUUCUACAACCAGAAGACGGAUGGCAGGGACUGCUGGCAGCCCUUCAGCAAGGAGGACUCUCAGAGGCUGGAGGACGCCUUCGCUCGCGCAGGUGAGAGUGAAGGUGAGGUGAUCAUAGCAACAGAAGGUCGGCGGUAUGACGUGUGUAUAAAGGAGAGGCGGCGUUAUGCUGUUUAUUGGGAUCAGACAUCCUCGGAGGUCCGGCGCUGCUCCUGGUUCCAUAAAGGCAGUAAAGAGAUGAGCUACACUCCCCACACCGAGGACAUCAGUGACCUGCUGGAGGAUGCCUACAUGAUCGCUGUGACCCUGGAGGAAUGGAAAAGGAAUCUGGAGCUGCCCACAGGGGAAACGGUCAUCCUCCACAACCCAAAGCUGAUGACUCAGCACCCAAACUACUGCAGAGAUUUCCCUCCGUCGCCCGGCGAGCGCACACAGGCCAGGACUCUGAAGAGAGGAAUAGAGAAUAUUCCAGUGGAAAUCCCUCAGGGAGAGCCGGACUCGGUGGAUCAUCUGGUGUUUAUGGUACACGGGAUUGGGCCAGCGUGUGACCUGCGUCUGAGAGGCAUCGUCCAGUGUGUGAACGAGUUCCGCAGUGCGUCUCUGACACUCAUCAGCAGCCAUUUUAGCUCUACUGUGGAUCAGGAAUCCAUCGGCCGCGUGGAAUUUCUGCCUGUAAACUGGCACAGAGUGUUACACGGAGAAACCACAGGAGUGGACAGAGAUAUUGAGCGGAUCACUCUGCCCAGCAUCAGCCGCCUAAGACAGUUCUGCAACGACACAGUGUUGGAUCUGUUCUUCUACAACAGCGCCACCUACUGCCAGACCAUAGUGGACACAGUGGCGUCUGAGAUCAACCGCCUGCACAGCAUCUUUCUGCUCAGACACCCACACUUCUCAGGAGCCGUGUCUGUGGUUGGACACAGCCUGGGCUCAUUAAUCCUUUUUGACCUCCUGACCAAUCAGAAGACAGGAUCAGAAAGCUCGGAGCCAGAGGAGGCAGCAGAGCAUAAUGAAGACUUCAGCUCUCUCCCUGACUUGGACUGCAAUUCCUUCACGAGCCUGGAGGAGGCGCUGAAGAAUGCAGGGCUGGAGGAACAUCUGAGAGUGCUGCAGAAAGAGCAAGUGGACCUGGAGGCUCUGAUGCUGUGCUCUGAGAGAGAUCUGAAAGAGCUGGGAAUCCCCCUGGGCCCCCGCAAGAAGAUUCUCAACUAUGUGAAGAAAUUGAAGCUCCAUGCUCCAGCAGCCCAAACCGGAAAACAUUCCCAGAAGUCCUCCAGACUGCACAGUCUGAUCCAGGAGAGCCCGCCCACCACCAGCGCCGUGGACUACCAGCACUUUGACGUUGGCAUUGGACAGGUGUCGAUCGAUUACCCUCAGCUGGCCUUCCACCCUCAGGCCUUCUUUGCCUUCGGGUCACCAAUAGGAAUGUUCCUGACGGUCAGAGGCCUGAAGAGAAUCGACCCAAACUACAGCUUUCCCACCUGCAGGAGCUUCUACAACAUCUUCCAUCCUUUUGACCCGGUGGCAUACCGGAUCGAGCCCAUGAUUCUGCCUCCAGACAUGGACGUCCCGCCCAUGCUGAUGCCCCAUCACAAGGGGAGGAAGAGGAUGCAUCUGGAGCUGAAAGAGGGUCUAACUCGAGUGGGUUCGGACCUGCUGGGCUCGUUAAGGACCGUGUGGCAGAGUUUCUCUCAGCUGCCCACUCCGGCGCUGGCUGAAGGGGGCGCUACAGCUGCAGCAUCCCCACUGACUGAGGACAUGGAAACGUCUCCGGUGGAGGAUGAGGAGAGGAAGGAGGUGAAGGUGGGGAGGCUAAAUGGUGGUCAGCGGAUCGAUUACGUCCUCCAGGAAAAACCCAUCGAGAGCUUUAACGAGUACCUGUUCGCCAUCCAGAGUCACCUGUGCUACUGGGAGUCUGAAGACACGGCUCUGCUGGUUCUGAAGGAGAUCUAUGGGAACGGUCCACAUAAAUCAUCUCCUUAGCAGUAAUGAAUUCACCCUAGAGUGUGUAUGUGUAAUGACAAAAAGACAAAAUGGUGUUGCACUGCCAAAACCACUUGUGCUUGCUCGUGCUUCAUAUUCAUGUUUACAUGUGUAGCCUCUGACCCCAGCAAUACCGAGGUCCCAGUCCAGGACCAGGUGCCCACGACCAGUCGCACAAAAUUAUUGCAUUAACUACCAGCAAUACGGAUCCAGAUUUGAGUACCUCUGUUUUAUGCCAUGUUCACAGCAAGGCCAGUAAUCUGCUCCAGGUUUUCUUCUCAGCCAGCAAGCUACUGGAGGAGAUACCUUCUUAAAACGAUAGUUCAGCUAAUAUUAUGAACACACGUUCUGACAAAACCGUUUCAAGACUGCUGCUACUGUUUUGAGCUAUAUGACAUACUUUUGUCUUAAUUUUAAUGAUAACUGUGUUAUACAGUCUCAAAAACCAGAUCAAGUCAGUAACAAUUUACUGAGGCAUUCGUAAAGCUACAAGACACCAACAUUAACCUAUAUAACAUUUAUGAAGGCUCAUUCUAACUAUCCUCACUUUCAUAACAAUUUCUUAGAUGAAAUGACCUAAAAAGUGAUAAAAACAGCCUUUAUGACAGCAUAAUUCAAUCACUCAGAUGUAAACAGAGUGAUUCAGAGGGGUUUGGUGUGAAAUUAUUUUAUAUGGAAUGUUGAUGAUGGGGAAAAUAGUGAAAAAUCUGAAAUAAUAAGUUUUCUUUGACUAUUUCGCUUCUGCAUGUAUCCUUCCACCAUGACUGGAUUUUCAGAACUAAUUCUCAAAACUAUCAUAAAACAGUGUCUCAGACAUCAGGCAGUGUAUUCAUACCCAUUUCAUGUAAUAACUUUCUGUGAGGGAGCCUUUAGAGGUGGAAGUCUGGUUCGUAUCACCACCACUGUGAACAACUCUGACUCAGUAAGUUUCUCUAAAACGGAGCAUUUCACACCAAACCACUCUGAAUGACAUCUCAACCAUUUAAUUAUGCAUAAAUUGUGAACAUUUGGUGGAACUGCCCCUUUAAAGACUUAAUUGACCUAACAAAUGCUGCCCUUCAGCAGGUCUAUUCGAGAUUCUUAAACAGCGACAGGGUUUGAGGGAAGUGACUUAGGCAUGCCAUUAGCACCAUGCUAAUUGGUGUACAUAAGCUUCCAUUACUUGUUAGCUAUAUUAGCCUGCUGAAGUGGGGUGGGCUGUAAAUUUGAUUUUUGGUUGAAGUAUCACUUUAAGAGUGACAUUAGAGCAGAAUCUCAGGCCCAGUUUGGGAAGCCUAUGCACUGCACAUGUUUGCAUUUUUCCUGCUCUGGUAGACCUGACUCAGGUGUGACCUGGCCAGGUGAGUCAGGUGAGUUAGAGAAGGUGGCAGAGUCUGGGGUUCCUCCUGCCAGUGUUCCCAAGAAGACCAGUGUUCUACUAUAGACCCCUUACUCUGCGCUACUUUGUGGUCUGAAACUCAUUUUUGUGUGAAAACAAAUAUUUAUUGUCUCUUUAACCACUGUUUUCUAACUUUUCCAUGAAUAUAAUGAAGGAUUCAUCACACUGUAUAGACAUCUGUGAUGUUUUAUAUUAAAAUAUUUAACCUACA